AGUUGAGUGACUGGCACUACACCCACUUGAGCUUGUUCCGGAAGCUACAGGUAUCAACUAGGGCUUCAAAAUCCCCGCCAAAAUUCUCCCUCCCGGUCUUCGUUUCUCACAGUCGCGGCAAUGGAUGGCGAAGAUGCUAAUCCUGAAGCUCCCAAAUCCACUGCAUUGCCUAAACAUGGCAGUGGCUCCCAAUCAAGCUCCUCCCACAUUCAUCCUCCUCAUCCUCCUCAUUCUCCUCCUCCUCCUCCUCCUCUUAACUCUGUCGAUGAAACGCGCUCCAACAAGCCAUUGAGUCCUCGGGAAUUCGUCCUCUCAGUCGCCUCCAAGAUCGCUUCCCAGCCUCUGCAGAACUUCGAUUCUAACGUCUGGGGCGUUCUCACUGCCAUUUCCGGCAAUGCCCGUAAGCGCCAACAGGGUAUAAAUAUCCUUCUGACCGAUGACGAACACUGCCUCGGUCGAGUGGCGCCAGAUAGUCGAUACCAGAUUGAUUCUAAUUCGGUCAGUGCAAAACAUUGCAGAAUUUAUAGGAAGAGCAUUGAAGAUGCCUGUUGUCCAUCAGUUUUCCUCAAAGAUACAAGCACAAAUGGAACGUAUCUAAACUGGGAGAGGUUGAAGAAGAACAGUCAGGAGGCCAAAAUCUGCCAUGGGGACAUCAUAUCACUUGCUGCAGCUCCACAGCAUGAGGUCGCAUUUGCAUUUGUCUAUAGAGAAGUGGCUGCAUUUACUUCAGCAUCAGGUGGUGGAUCUGCAAAAAGAAAAGCAGAGGAUUUUGUUUCUGAAAACAAAAGGUUAAGAGGUCUUGGAAUUGGUGCUCCUGAUGGUCCGAUAUCUCUUGAUGAUUUUCGAAGUCUUCAACGAUCAAAUAAGGAGCUUAGGAAGCAGUUGGAGGAUCAAAUGCUUAUGAUAGAUUCAUUGCGUAAUGAAAAUCGGGCAUCUGUGGAGCAUCAUGAAUGUGAGGUGAAAAAGCUUAAAGAAUCCAUAUCAAAAUCUUAUGAAGAUCAACUGACUAAGAUGCAGCAGUUGAUUGACGAUGAACAGAAGGAGCUUGGGGAGGUUCAAAGAAUAUCUUCUGAACAAAAACAUGUUAUAGAAGAUCUACAAGAAAGACUCAGUGCUACUGCUCAGUCAUGUAAUGAAGCAAAUGAAAUAAUAAAUAGCCAGAAGGCCUCUUUAAGCGAAUUGAAGGUUCAAAUUGAUGAAGAGCGUGAUCAGAGACGAGAAGAGCGAGAGAAGGCUGCUGCAGAUCUGAAGGCAGCUGUAGAGAAAGCUCAUGCAGUGGCUCAAGAUGAAUUAAAACGCAUUUCUGAUGCUGCCUCAAGGCGUGAAAGAGAACAACAAGAAGUAAUCAAUAAACUUCAGGAAGCCGAGAAAGAACGGUGUUUUCAGGUGGAAACGUUGAGGUCCAAGUUGGAGGAGACUAGACAGAAAUUAGUUAUGUCGGACAAUAAAGUUCGUCAGCUAGAAUCCCAACUUGGUGAAGAGCAGCUAUCCUGUACGAAUGAAAGAAAAAAAGUUGAAGAGCUUGAUCGUGGAAUAAAAGAACUGCAGAAAGAGCUUGAGAAUGAAAAGCAGGGAGCAAGAGAAGAGGCUUGGGCUAAGGUAUCAUCCCUGGAGCUUGAAAUAAAUGCUGCAAUAAGGGAUCUUGAUUUUGAGAGGAGGAGGUUAAAAGGUGCUAGGGAACGAAUUAUGCUUCGAGAAACACAGCUACGAGCAUUUUAUUCUACCACCGAAGAAAUUUCAGCUCUGUUUGCCAAGCAGCAAGAGCAAUUAAAAGCAAUGCAAAGGACUCUAGAAGAUGAAGAGAAUUAUGAAAACACUUCCUUUGAUUUUGAUCUCAAUGUGCCCUCUCAGGAUGCAAAUGGAAUUUUAUUUGGAGAUAAUAUAAGGAAGGACUAUUGUAACAAAUCUGAUAAAACUAGUUCGGCUAUGUCAGCUCAGAGGUUUGAGCCAGUCCAAGCUGAGACGUCAACUGACGAAGCCAGCACUGAGAAGAACGACUGUGAUUUCAGAAGUCAAGACUGUCAGAAUACUCAAGAGGCAGAAUUCACUAGUGCUGAUGCUGGUGUUAAGGGAGGUUUUGGUUCUGACAUUGAUGGCGUUGGCACAGCUCCUGUUUUGGAAGGAGACAUGGUUGGGACUGAACGGAUUCUUGAGACCGAAAGUCCUGGAGUUGAUGGUGAUCGAAACAUGGAUUUGAACAAGGGCAUGAUCUUAGCUGGGGAAACGAUAUGUUUUGAUGAUGAAGGUUGUGCAGGAGAGAUGGACGAGCAGGCUAAGAUGGUUCGUCGGGAAGCUUACUGUCACUCUCAGACAAAUCAAAUAUGUGAUGCUGUUGAUGCCGUGGAGGACACUGAAGCUUGUGGAACAGUCAGAACUGCUGACCUUUUAGCUUCUGAAGUUGCUGGUAGCUGGGCUUCCAGUACUGCACCAUCAGUUCACAGUGAGAACGAGUCUCAAAAAAGCAGAGGCAAUGAAGGAGGAGGUGAUGGAGCCCUUCAUGACUCCAACAGCCCAGGGAUUCGAAGUACUCUUUUCAAGCCUGUUGCAACAAGACGGAACUCUGAAUAUCAAACUGUCAGCGAGAUGAUCAGAAUAGUUGCUCCUGAAUCAAAACAGUUUUUUCGCUCUAGGGAGGACGGUCGUGAAGGAGAACAAGGCUCUACAUCUGGCUCAGACACGGACAAGUGCUCGGACAACGACGACGAUGCGCAUGAUAAUAACGAAAGCAAAGCCCAGAAGGGGACAGUCUCAGAUUCAGAAACUCAAGGAGUUGAUGCCAUAGAUCCAAAACUAGAUGAUCCAAUGGAUGAAGAUGAUCAAGAAACGCAAGAAGAUUCUGUAGGAUAAAAGUUUGGAGACGCUGGAGCUGUAAAUAUGGUGGACUUUCUUAUCUUCUCAUGUCUUCUUGAGCUCUUCCUGGAAUGAGAGUGUUAGCGGUGAAUGAUUAGUGCUAUGCAAUGUAGAUGAUAUUGACGCUUAUGAAAAUAGGAAGUUAUUCUACAUGACUUCUUUCAAGGUACCAUGUUCCUAGAAUCAUUAAAAUUACAGCCUCCGCAAUGUCCCCGACAGCUAUUUUAGAUCAAGUGGAGACUAAGAUCCAAGAACUAAUUCAAUCAUGGCUCCAUUGAAAGUCAAUUGGGUUAGCAUAACACCCAAACACCACUGGGAUCUGCCAAUUCAUCUCACGGAUUUGCUUCCUUAUUGUCAGAGAUAUUGACUUCACUCACCAAAGUGGAUCUUGAAAUUAUUGUGGCCUCCCACUGUCUUCAACAUUUUAUCAUCCAACAAAUUUUAUUCUAAAUAAUAAUUAGACAAA